AUGGCUCGAAAUUUAUUGCUCCGUUUUAAUGAUGGCGGAAUGCUAGUUGUGCAUUCACAAAUUUUAGCUUAUUACUCAGCGAGAUUCUUUGAUAAUUACCGAUUAAAUCGACAAUACGUGACGAUUAAAAGUGAUGCACGUAUUGCCAGAAAUUUGAUACAAUUUCAUUACACCGGGAUACUUCAACUUCCGUUUUCGCAUAUCGAAAAAUAUUUCCAAGUUGCAAGCAAGCUUGCAUUCGACACUGCUUUGGAGGUUUUAUCUCAGUUGUUGGAGAAAUUCUCGCAUCGAAAUGAAUAUCAUGCAAUCAUAUGUGCAAACAUUGCAUGUGAACCAAACAAUCAUGUUGUUGCGUCAUGCGUCAAAACAAUUAUUAAUUACGCUGCAACAUUUCUGAAACAGCCAACCAAUUUAUAUAAAACGUAUGCGAGUCCAAAUGCGAUAUAUCGUAUCCUACAAAUUCUGGCAGUUUUUACUGAUUGGAAAAAGAGCCUUCAUUUAGCACUAGAAUGGAUAGUAUACGAGGAAUGGCGACAUCUUUAUGCAAAUUCCAUACUUGAUGCAAUCGUUUUUGAAACAUCCGAUAAACUGAUAGAAGUUGAAUUUGUUGUCGUAAAAGAAGAAAUAAGUCGUUUACCACGAAAAGUUGGUGAAGCUUUAGCAGAACGUUGCAAUCAUGCCAUGUAUCGAUAUUUGCUACAUGAUGAAAAUAACACUGAACGAACGAAUCCGCGAAGAUGUUCGAUUUUCAGCACUGACCACAACAUUUUGUCCAUGAGAUCAUUUCCUUACAGUAAACUCGAAACUUCGUCAGUCACGUUAGGGAAUGUGCGAUCGUCAACACGGUCAUCCGAAACGGAAAAUUCGUUAUUGCCUGCUUGUUCAUCUACUAAGAUUUUCGAUGAAUUUUUAUUGGAUGAUGGCACACAUCGAAUAUAUACGCCAAACAAUAGUAUGAAGUCACUCAUUCCGGUCACUUAUACCACAAAUUUGAUGUCGCAUGAAGGAGUAACCAAGCAACAACAAGCAAGUUCGUUGCAACCAUUAAUCGACUUGCAUUUCCUUGCAACUUAUCAGAAAAAUUCUCGCAAAAAGCCAUAA